UGGACGUGAGCGACAGAGACGCUGGAGACAGAGGUGAGUUUAGGUAGCCAUGGCAUCUUCUCUGGUCAUCCUGCUUACGCUGGUCUCACUGGCGUCUGCAUCUCAUCACUACGGAGGAACCGUGUCCUUCUCCUACAAGGGAAGAAACCCCGAUGGAUCAUUGAGGGUUCACAUCCGCAACAAAGAUACAUUUGAUGGAUGUCAAUACUAUCACUACUGGAGUUGUUACUCCGGCAACUGUGGCUCCCUUCGCGCAACACAAAAUGCCGUAUUGGACAGUAGCACUAAUGCACCAAUCUACAACAGCCAGUGGUGUGAAACUGAAUACAUUGAGAAGAGGACCCUCUUCACGGACAAACCUUUUCAAAUGAGGGCAAGAAGCUGUUGCUGGAUAUCAACACGUAACAACGUUGCCAAUUGGCGUUUGUCUACUUUUGUGGAUUUGGGGAAAAGAUCUGACACUGGAGAACCAAACAGAUCACCAGCCACCGCCAUUCUACCCCUCCUGAGAGUUCCUCGGAACUGCCCACGGUCAUACAAGCUGAUGGACUUUGACCCUGAUGGUGACAGAGUCCGAUGCAGAUAUGGAAAUAUCUUCGAUCUAGAGUGCAGCUCAUGCCACCUGCCUUCAGGCUUCCAGUUAGAUGAGAACUCAUGCACACUACACUAUGACAACUCUACAAGUGCCGACUACAGAGUUUUUGGACUUGAGAUGGUGGUUGAGGACUUUGCACGACAACACAUCACUCUGCAAUACACAGAUGGAACCAGUGCCACAAGGUUUCCACCACUCGCCAGGAGAAAGAGGCAAGCUUCAUGGCCGACCACAUGGCCGACCACAACCACUACUGCACCCUCAACAUGGUGGUGGUGGCAUGCCUCAACUACAACCACAAUGGACCCAUGGACGACUACAACCACUACAACCACUACUGCACCCUCAUCAUGGUGGUGGUGGCAUACCUCAACCACAACCACUGAAGCACCGACUACAACCACAAUGGACCCAUGGACGACUACAACCACUGCAGCACAAACUACAACCACUACAUGGCCACAUACCACCACUACAGCACCAACUACAACCACUACAGCACCAACUACAACCACUACAGCACCGUGGACAACUACUACCCCAUGGCCGACCACUACAACAGCACCAACAACAACCUCUACCACAGCAACUUCUAUGCCAUGGUGGUACUGGCACACAACCACUUCACCUCCAUACUAUGGGACACCUCUCAGUAGACUCCCACUGCAAUUCUCUUUUCUUGUGGACCCCUCGGUUCCCUCGUGUGAGGAAGGACUCUACUUGCCAAAGUUUUUGGAUCCGACACCCAGAAAUGGAGCCCGGCUCGAAGCAGAGGUCAACAAAGAAUUGGAGAUCAGAAUCAAAGCCCAAGCUUAUUACUCAACAUUGCAAAAUAUCAUAAUGAGCGGGCCAACAAACAUCACCAAGCACAAGACCACACAUGAUGAGUUUGUCAUUAGGUGGACACCCGUGGCAGACGACCUGAAUGAUCAUUACGCAAUUUGCUUCGCUGUUGAAUCCACAUCAGGGUCCACAGUCUAUCAGUCCGAGAUGAGGUGUGUUGUGGUCAGCGUUGUCAAGGAGCAUGUGAAAGUCGAUGUGAUCUGCACCGAGUUCAACAUGACUGUAAUAGUUGACAAAUCAACCUUCUCUGGACUUGACGAGGAUCAUCUGCGCCUCAGCGAAUCCAGCAACGUUGACUGUAACCUGAGCACACGUUCCAACAGCACUCACAUCAUCGGUACCUUCCCCCUCAAUGCCUGUGGCACCCAGAUCGAGGAGGACGAGACAAACCUCAUGUUCAAAAACGAAAUCACCACAUACGACAACAGCAGCCAUCUGAUCACCAGGCACCACCUGCUGGAAGUGCAGUUCUACUGCUCGUACCCCAAAACAGGCAACGUGACGGCGGGCUUCACGGCGCACAGGAAGAACGUGACCGUGUGGGAAAAGGGCUUCGGCAAGUUCACGUACCAGUUCGAGUUCUAUGAUGACCAGACAUACCUGCACAUGAAGGACGAAAACACCUACCCUCUGGAGUACUACAUCGGGAGUCGGAUCUACAUGGAGAUCGACGCCACGUCUUCAGUCAACAACACUGUGAUGUUUGUGGAGUCCUGCAGUGCCGCACCAUAUGACAUCCCCAACUACCAAAAUACCUACUCCAUCAUUGAAAAUGGGUGCAACGUGGACCCGACCAUUCAGAUCCAUUCCCCUGACAAGCCGACGCAGUUUCGGUUCAGCUUGGAGGCCUUCAAGUUCAUCGGCCUGCAUGACCAGGUGUACAUCAGCUGCUCGCUCAUGAUGUGUGAAGCAGGGAACCCCAACACCAGGUGCUCGAAGGGAUGCAUCCGUUCUACGCAGGCCAACAACCGCAGAAAGAGAGAGGCCACCAUCGAGAGCACAAAGCACUUCGUUUCCCAGGGUCCUCUGCGCCUGAGGAGGUCGGUGGAAAGCAGCGGACACGAAGUGGUCAACCUGAACCUGAACCUGGCGUUCAUGGCCGGAUGUUUGCUUGCGGCUGUGGGCAUGGUGUGUGGAGUGGUGGUGUACAAGACCAAGAUGUCAAAGGUCAAAUACCAACCUCUGUCUACGAUUGAAAGUUAGACAGCAGAGUGCAGAAUACACAUUCAUACACAACUUCUGACUACAUUAACCUUCCUUGAUUAUUUUGUGCUUUGGAUUUGGGUGGGGUUUUUUGUGUGUGUGCACUUAAAUUAAUUUGAUCUGAUUUUCUUUAAAUGCUAAAAUCUGCAAGUGCAACAACCAAAAGGACGAUCAGCUAGUACUGCAGCUGCUGGGUGAUGGUUCAGACAUGAAGAAUUGGAAGUGCUUCUUGUUAUUAGGUAUAACAGCUAUGAUUGAAUAAAUCUGAAUCUGAAUAAAUGAGAUAUAUUUUUGUCUUAGGCAUAA